UCCCUGACCCCAGGAGGGGUCACACCUGUUCACCCUCUGGGUGACUUGGGGGUUGCUGGUGCUGGGAUGUCUCCAUCUCAUCCCUCCUGGGUUCCGACAGGCUGCAUCCCCUGACGUACUCCCGGCUCACCAUGGAGAUAAUGAGGGAUGCAAAGCCAUGGAAGCUGCCCCCCGCCCUGGACCAGUACAAGAGCACGUAUCGGAAGGAUUUCGGCUGGCACGAAGAUUACCACUCCCCCAUCCAGGCGCACGUACCGAAACCUUCGUACCCUCCUGUGGCACAAGUGCCCAGGUGCUACCUGCCAGGGUGCUGGCCCUCUGGCCUGCCACCGAGACGGGCGGGGAAGCUGGAGAUCCUGGCUGAGCCGAUGCACGACCUGUCCUGCUGCCCGCCCCUCCCAGCUCCUGCUCUGACAUCUGAAGCUGAGGGGGUGUUGGCACUGAGGGAACUGCCAACUUCAGACUUGCUCACCUACCAGCAAUAUGCCCAGGAUUUGUACCACGAAAGGCAGUACAACGCUGAACAAAACAAGGACCACAACCUGAGAUCAUCUGUUUUAGUGCCAGACGCUCUUUCACUAGACUCCUCCGACCUUGAGUGGAAAAGUGUCUACAAGCAAGAUUACCAGCGCCAGAAAAGAAUCCCUAGUGGGCUCUACACAGAGGAGAUAAGACCUUCUCCUGUUUUCCCAGAGGAAAACCGCUUCAAUGAGAGCCGCUGGGUGACUGAGUAUGCAGACAGCUACAGCAUGUUCCUGAAGAGGCUGGACUGGUCCUCUCCCAUCUCUGGCCAGUGGCUGCCCUUUGGGAAGGAUGCACGAUGGACACCGCGCUGGAGAGAGUCCGCUCGCUGAGUGCUGCUGAAUGGCCGUGGAUAUGUCACCUAUGUUGUCCUUUGAUUACAGCUCUUUGGCUCUCCAAGCUGCCUGUGUGAUAUUGAUCAUCUGAGACAAUAAAAAAAGCCUUGCAAGCCUCAU